AUGUCACGAGCAGGCACAAAACUCGACUCCAAGAAAGUUAAUUCGGAAUUGUUCACAUUAACUUAUGGUGCACUAGUAGCUCAGUUAUUAAAGGAUUAUGAAAAUGUAGAGGAUGUCAAUAAACAGUUAGAAAGGAUGGGCUAUAAUAUGGGAAUCCGUUUGAUAGAAGAUUUCUUAGCACGUACUGGAUCAGGUCGAUGUUACGAUUUCAGAGAUACAGCUGAAAAAAUACAAACUGGAUUCAAAAUAUUCUUAGGUAUUACUCCAACAAUUGCGAACUGGAGUGCCGCUGGAGAUGAAUUUUCUUUAUGCUUCGAAGCAAAUCCAUUGACGGAAUUUGUAGAAUUACCAGAUCACUGUUUAAAUCUAAAGUAUUGUAAUAUACUAAUUGGAGUUCUAAGAGGAGCUUGUGAAAUGGUACAAAUGGAGAUUGCUUGUUGGUUUGUACAAGAUCAACUUAAGAAUGAUAAUGUAAAUGAAUUGCGUGUUAAGUUCAUUAAAAGACUGGAAGAUGCCAUUCCAGCAGGUGAAGAUUAAAUAACUUCAUUGCAUUCAAGGCAAUGGAAGUGAAGUGCAAAUAUUGUAGGAUGAAUCUGUCCAACCAAGAACCAAUACAGUUAU